UAGAUAUAAGCUAGUUAUAGUAAUCAUCUGUAUAUAUCCAUUAUGUAUAUUGUUAUACAUACCUGUUAUAAUUUUGAGCCCAGUCGGAUAAAUUAUCGCUCACCGGAUAACGACUGCGAAUCAAAUAUUUACCUUCAAUAAUUUGUCAAUUAUAAUCCCGGCCGUUCGAACAAUUCCGUCGCAGUUAACUCGCACUUAUAGUUCUUAAAAAAUCUACCUACUACGUUAAUGGAGAUAAACUCUUCCAUUAAAUUUAUUCGGAUUACAUAAAUUGCAAGUUUUUACUGAAAAUGGCUACGACUCGUACCCGUUGUCUGCUAAAUUACCGCCUGCAAAAGAGAAAUUAAGUUCUUAAAGUUGAAACGUUUUAUUGCUUAAAAAUAGAGUGCUUCAACGUUUUACGAAUUGCCAGCAGUGAUAUAAUAACUUCAUUAUGUUUUUUAAGAACAAGCCCAAAGGCGAGCGGCGCCGCAGUCGGCCCGACGAGGCACGGGACGAAAUAAAGAAAUUCAAAGAGAACCUCCUCCAGUCCGCGGCGACAGGCACCGAGUCCAUAUUGUCGGAGACAUACGACACGCUGUCCCCGCCACCGCGGUCCUGCUCUGCGUCCAAGGCACGGGAAUCCCUUUGUGUGCCGCCCAACGUCCUCGCCGAGAUGGACGAGGCUAAACUGUUUGAGCUCAAGGAGGCGUUCUUGUUGUUCGAUUUGGACGGUGACGGCUGCAUUGACCACAGUGACCUGCGAGGCACCCUCGUAAGCCUGGGGGAGCAUGUGGAUGAUAAAGAUGUGCGCGGCAUGUUGUCCGAGGCACCCAACCCUCUCGAUUUCGACGGGUUUGUCAAUCUACUCGGGUACCGAACUCUGGAACUGGACUCUGAGGAAACAUUGGUGGCGGCUCUCUCACGUUGGGAUAGAAAUAAUUCAGGAUACAUUUCUGAAGAAAGGAUUCGACAUGAUCUUAUGACAUGGGGCGACCGCUUUACGGAAAAGGAAGCUGACUACGCGCUGGACGACGCUCCUACCACACAAAUAUGCGGAAACACCAUGAUUGACUAUGUUCGUUUCUGCAGUCAACUUAGUGGCUUGCGAAAGGCUAACAAAAAGGAGGUUGUGUAAAUUGUCUACAAGAUUAAACGACAUCAAGUGUCAUUGAAAUGAAUAA